CUCUGACGUGUCCCUGCCGCUGUAUAUAGAACGGAGUGAGCGAUUGCGGCUCCCAGCGAACACACUGACAAGGGCGCACAAGCAGUGGGCAGCUCCGAGCUUUUGCCUCUUUACUCCUUGCGUUCAUCGGACCGUGUCAGCAUGACGGAUCAAGCCUUCGUAACACUAGCAACUAAUGAUCUAUAUGGGAAAGGAGCAUUGGUGCUAGGAACCUCAUUGCGAAAUCACAAAACUACAAGAAAGCUGGUGAUUCUUCUAACUCCCCAAGUAUCUAACAAUAUAAGAUCUGUGCUGGAAAGGGUCUUUGAUGAGGUUAUUUUAGUGGAUGUGCUAGAUAGCAAGGAUUCGGCUCAUCUGGCCAUGAUCAAGAGGCCUGAGUUGGGUGUGACCUUUACGAAGCUGCACUGCUGGGCUCUCACACAGUACUCCAAAUGUAUAUUUAUGGAUGCAGACACACUGGUAUUAUGCAACAUUGACGAACUUUUUGAUCGGGAGGAAUUGUCUGCGGCACCAGAUCCAGGAUGGCCGGACUGCUUCAAUACAGGAGUGUUUGUUUACCGCCCUUCCAUUGAAACCUACAAUGAACUUCUUCGGUUUUCCACAGAAAAAGGCAGCUUUGACGGUGGGGACCAGGGUUUACUGAACAGCUUCUUCAGCAACUGGGCAACAGCCGAUAUCAAUAAGCACCUUCCCUUCAUUUACAAUCUGAGCAGUGUCGCAAUUUAUUCCUACCUUCCCGCUUUCAAACAAUACGGUCCUGAUGCCAAGGUGGUUCACUUUCUUGGUAACAUCAAACCAUGGAACUACUCCUACGACUCAAAGACAAAAUGUGUGACAAGUGCUGUUCACGACAGUUCAUCAAUUGUUCACACUGAAUUCGUCAGUAUGUGGUGGGACACCUUCACAUCUAUUCAGCCUAUGCUUACAGAAUAUGGUGUCUCAAAGAACAUCAGUCCUGACAAACAAGAGCAGUCAUGCCUGGUCUAUUCACUGGCUUUCACUUGUGGCUUGCCAUUCUGUAGGAAGGAGGAGAAGUUGAGUGAAGCCAUCUCCCACCUUUCUGUCAGCCCACCUCCCCCACCCGCCCCAAUGAUCUCCUCGGAAGAGCGUCGGAAAAAUUGGGAACAGGGUCAAGCUGAUUUCAUGGGAGUAGAUUCUUUCCAGAACAUCCAGAAGAAGCUGGAUACGUACUUGAAUUAAAGGCUGCUCACUGAACACCUGCUGUGGCUGACCAGCAAGAACUGAAUACAGAAGGUCUUUAGCGUCUAGGCUGGAGUUCAGUGCAUGGUUGGUUUGUACUUGGCCUAUUAGUGACAUGGUUUGAGAGGGGUGUCUUCAUCUGGUUGUCACCUCGAGGCUGCAGCUCUGUAGUGAGAAUGUGACAAAGCCCGAGAAGAUCGAAUUUUAAAUUCCUGAAGCAAAUCUCCUCCCAGUGUUAAAUCCUCAGCACAUCACCACACUGCCUCCUACUGUAAUACUACUCCAGAACAAUACUGCUGUUUGCUUAACUUAGUAAGACACACUUAAUUAAACUUCAGCACUAUUACAGACGCUGAAUUUUACAGUGCUGCCAGUAUUUUUACAAAUGUUUAAAUUAGCUGCAACAUUGCAUGAAGGAAUAUAAUUGUGUCCUUCCCUUUCCAUCAGCUUUUCCAAGGAAAUACUGUGCCCCAUGUCCAAUGACAAAAAUAAUUUUAUCUUUGAGUCUUAAUCAUAUAUAGAAACCUAGAGGUGAGAUUUCUGUGCACAAUACAUAGACAGUACCUUGCAAAAUUUACAAGGAACUCUCCCAAACUUUUAUGACAUUUUGUUCUGUGACUAAACUACUGACCAUCAAUUUUUAAGUGUAUCAUAGUACUUUAACCACAAAAUAAACUUGUUUGAAAUAGCUGCAAAUUCUUUUCAAUAAAAGUAUCUGCCCCCUUG